AUGGCCGAUCCCAGCGCCCAGGAGCAGCAGCCCCCAGCGGAGGCCGCUGAGGUUCCAGAGGUAGCUGCCAAACCACAGGACGGUCCACAGGAGCCCGCGCCCGCGGAACAGGAGCCCGAGCCCCAGCAGGAACAGCAGCAAAAUGCAGCAGCGGCCCCAGCGGCGGAGGGCGCUGCAACGCCUGCGGCGCAGGAGGAUCCCGCCCCGCAGCAGCAGGAGCAGCAGCAAGAGAAGCCCUCGGAACCCCAGCCCGCAUACCCGCAGCCCCCUCCUGAGGGCGCCGCGCCAAACGGCGCGCCCAGCGCCGCGGCGGCGGCAGCAGGGGCGCCCAAGCGCACCGCCGAGCAGGCCGGCCUCGGCGGCGGCGCUGACGAGGACGCGCGCCCCUCUAAAUCACUCCGGCUCGACGGCUUUGAUCCAGCAGUGCGUGCCAAGCUCACAGCCCUGGUGGAUGGCCGCGUGCUGACAGCAGCGGACGUGGAGGGUUCGACAUCAGACACGCUCCUGAAGCUCGACCCCGCGUCCGGCCUGGAGCUCCUUGAUGCGCUCGCGGCCGCGGGGCUGGCGGGCGCGGCGGACGGCCCGGCGCGGCGCGCGAUGGUGGUGGUGACGGUGGCGCGGUUUGCGCAGCGCGUGAAGCCCCAGAUGGACCCGGUGGUCAAGGCGAAGCUGGAGGCGCUCUACACCACAGGGGGCGGCCCCGUGAAGCCGGGGGACCUCGACGAGCGCUGCAUAGAGCGGCUGAGGGAGAUCGCGCCGACUACGGCGGCGGCGGUGCUCGACACGUUUGCGAACAAGAAGUGA